AUGAACUCUUUCCGCUUCGCGCGCGCGGCCCUCCGAGCCCGUCCUGCUGCCUUCCGCGCUCCCCUCCAGCGCAGAACCUACGCAGAUGCCAUCAAGCUGAGCUUGUCCCUUCCUCACCAGUCCAUCUACCAGUCCCAGGAUGUCGUCCAGGUCAACAUCCCCGCCGACUCCGGCGAGAUGGGUGUCCUCGCCAACCACGUUCCCGCCAUUGAGCAGCUGAAGCCCGGUCUGGUCGAGGUUGUCGAGGAGAGCGGCCCCAGCAAGCAGUUCUUCCUGUCCGGCGGCUUUGCCGUUGUCCAGCCCAACUCUGUUCUCAGCAUCAACGCCACCGAGGGAUACCCCAUUGAGGACUUCAGCGCCGAGGCUGUCAAGUCCCAGCUUGCCGAGGCCCAGAAGGUCGCCAGCGGCAGUGGAAGCGAGUUGGAGAUCGCCGAGGCGAAGAUUGAGGUCGAGGUUCUUGAGAGCCUCCAGGCUGCCCUGAAAUAG